ACAGUUCUUAACGCGACAUCUUUGCUUCUGCUGUGCAGAGUUGGGCGUGAGUUAGCCUUUAGCAUUUCCAAACAAAAACAUUAUUGUGCCUUUUUUCGUAUCCACCUUAAUAAAUAUUUAUCUUACAGUUGAUUUUGCUAUGCGGUUCCCAUUUUGCUACGUUCAUUUUCCACUUUUAUGUCCAAUCCAGAGAAUAACAACAGACACGGAAACUUAGGAAAGCAAAAAGCUUGCGGCUCAAAUGACUGGCAGAUUGGUCUUUUUCAUAAAAACAGAAUUUCAAAAGUGUGUUUUUGCCAACGGCAUAAAAAUCUGACAGCAGUUCUGUUCAUAUCCUCUCAUACACAUCACACAUUUCUGAAAGCAGUCUUUGGUGUGGAUCUGUAAAAUCCUCCUCUGAUGGAUCCUGUUCCAGUUUCCAAAGGUUCCACUCGUUCUCCAAGAGGAACACCAGAAACCAAAUUAAUAAUCCACAGAUAGUCGUGAAGUUUGCCCACUUGAUCUACACAGCGUCAUGCUCUGUUUUGCUCAUUUUUAAAGAGAGAAAACAACAACCCAAACCAUAAGAAGAGUCUACAGGACGCACGGAGGAAGGGGAGAAUGGAUCGGAGCAAAGUGGAGGAGGAGAUGAGCAAUGAAUUACAAAACCUGGAUGUGCGUGGGAAGACUAAAGCAGCAGGAACAGGUCUUGUCUACGUAGAUGCCUUCACUCACUUUCACUGCCUCUGGGAUGCCAGUCACCCAGAGUGUCCAGCGAGAGUGAGCACUGUGAUGGAGACACUGGAGACGGAGGGUCUGCUGGGACGCUGUGUGCGAGUGGAGGCCAGAGCUGUAUCAGAAGAUGAGCUAUUACUCGUUCAUACAAAGGAUUAUGUAGAGCUGAUGAAAUCCACACAGAAAAUGACAGAGGAGGAGCUGAAGACUCUCUCUGAUAAAUACGACUCUGUCUACCUGCAUCCUGAAUUUUUCACCUCCGCCUGUAUGGCGGUAGGAUCAGUCCUCCAGCUGGUGGAUAAAGUGAUGACAUCACAGCUGCGUAACGGCUUCUCUGUCAGCAGGCCUCCAGGUCACCAUGCACAGGCAGAUAAGAUGAACGGCUACUGUAUGUUUAACAAUCUGGCCAUAGCAGCGCGCUAUGCUCAAAAACAUCAUGGAGUUGAACGAGUUCUAAUUGUGGAUUGGGACGUGCAUCAUGGACAGGGAAUCCAGUAUAUUUUUGAAGAGGAUCCCAGUGUGCUGUAUUUCUCAGUGCACAGAUAUGAAGAUGGCUCGUUCUGGCCGCAUCUCAAGGAGUCUGACAGCAGCUCGGUGGGUUCAGGAGCAGGACAGGGCUACAAUAUCAACCUGCCCUGGAACAAGGUGGGGAUGGAGGAUGGAGAUUACAUCACAGCUUUCCAGCAGCUCCUCCUGCCUGUGGCGUAUGAGUUUCAGCCUCAACUGGUGUUAGUGGCGGCCGGCUUUGACUCUGUGAUCGGUGACCCAAAGGGUGAGAUGCGAGUGAGUCCACAGUGUUUCUCCAUCCUGACCCAUAUGCUGAAAGGUGUAGCACAGGGCCGACUCGUGCUGGCUCUGGAGGGUGGGUAUAACCUCCAGUCCACAGCAGAGGGUGUUUGCGCUAGUGUGAGGUCACUGCUGGAUGACCCUUGCCCUCACCUGACCUCUCCUGGUGCUCCGAGUGAGAGUGCCCUGAAGUCCAUCUCAAAGACCAUCUCUGCCUUGUAUCCAUUUUGGAAGAGUCUUCAGACUUUUGAGGGGGGUCCUCUGUCCAAUGCCACUCCCCUGCCCGCUCCAGUAUGUGCAGAAGUGAAGGUUUCUUCUCCAAUCACUGGGCUAGUUUAUGACCAGAAAAUGAUGCAUCAUCACAACAUGUGGGAUGGUCAUCAUCCAGAGCUCCCUCAGAGAAUUUCACGGAUCUUCUCCCGACACGAGGAGUUGGGCCUGCUGUCCCGUUGCCAUCGGAUACCAGCUCGCUUAGCAACAGAGGAAGAGCUGGCACUCUGUCACAGUUCUGAGCACAUAAGCACUAUUAAGAGUACAGAGCACAUGAAACCCAGAGAUCUGCACCGACUGGGGAACAAUUACAACUCCAUCUACAUCAGUAACGAGAGCUACACCUGUGCCCUGAUGGCCGCUGGGUCAUGCUUUAACUCCGUACAGGCCAUACUCACAGGCCAGGUUAGAAACGGCGUGGCCAUAGUCCGUCCUCCUGGCCAUCAUGCAGAGAAAGACACAGCUUGUGGUUUCUGUUUCUUUAAUACGGCCGCUGUGACCGCACGCUAUGCCCAGAGCAUCACACACAAAUCGCUGCGUGUCCUCAUCCUCGACUGGGAUGUUCAUCAUGGAAACGGCACACAGCACAUCUUUGAGGAGGAUGACAGUGUUCUGUACAUUUCUCUGCAUCGUUAUGAAGACGGGACAUUUUUCCCCAACUCGGAGGAUGCUAACUAUGAUAAGGUGGGUCAGGGGAAAGGCCGAGGAUACAAUGUCAACAUCCCCUGGAAUGGAGGAAAGAUGGGAGACCCAGAAUACAUGGCAGCUUUCCAUCACUUAGUGAUGCCGAUAUCCAGAGAGUUUGCCCCAGAGCUGGUGCUGGUGUCUGCUGGGUUUGAUGCGGCACGGGGUGAUCCGUUGGGAGGGUAUCAGGUGACCCCAGAGGGCUACGCCCACUUCACCCAUCAGUUGAUGAGUCUGGCAGCAGGAAGAGUGCUGGUCAUACUGGAGGGAGGAUAUAACCUCACCUCCAUCUCUGAGUCCAUGUCCAUGUGCACCAGUAUGUUGCUGGGAGACUCCCCUCCACCUCUAGACCAUCUACCCCCACCCAAGAACAGCGCUGCUGUCACCAUUAACAACGUCCUGCGUGCACACGCCCCCUUCUGGAGCUCCCUGAGAAUACAGAUUCCAGAAUCACUUCGUUUGUCUUUGCCAUCUCCUAAACCGAAAGGCAAGCGGGAAUCGGGUGGCAAGGGCAAGAGAUCGCCUCGCCAGUCCACUUCUGCUCAGAGUCCCGGACAGAACCCGCAGCAUCUUGAGCAGUCUGGCCUUGAUGGGCUCACUGAGGAUCUGCUUUCUCUGAAUCUCAACACAAGUACCUCAUCUAACACCAGCCCAGCAUCAGUUGCUAUUGGGGGAGCCAGAAGGAAAGUGAAACCCAACCCACAGAGGAAUUCAACAGGCCAGGAGUCAAAUUCACCUCUAAAACCCAUGUCAGAGAAAGCCAGAGAUGGAGACAGCACACAUGCAGAGAUUACUGCUGUAAAAGCAGAGACACCUGACCGGUCAUUCCCAGUCACUGGAAAUUCAGCUGCCAUGUAUGACCAGGAGAGCUCUGGUCUGGAGGCUGCUUGUGGUGAGACUGUGACGGCAGUCAUAGAGGUCUUUGGAACACAAGCCACGGAUGUGGACGGCAUGCAUGUGGUGAACCCGUUGCCAUGGUGCCCACACUUGGAGUCAGUGCGACCGGUGCCCUCAGGUGGCAUCGACGUCUUCCUGCCGUGUGAGGAGUGUGGAGGUGAUGCUGAAAACUGGAUCUGCCUCUUCUGCUACAAGGUGCUCUGCGGGCGUUAUGUGAACCAGCACAUGGUGACCCACGGGCAGGUGUCGGGUCACCCUCUGGUGCUGAGCUUCGCUGAUCUUUCUGUCUGGUGCUACGCUUGUGAGUCAUACGUCCACAACAAGGUGCUCCAUGAAGCCAAAAACGCUGCUCACCUCAUGAAGUUUGGAGAGGAGAUUCCUCCUUUCAACUAAACCAGCAGAGAGAAGGAAGUGUGUUUGUGUGUGUGUGUGUGUGUGUGUGUUUGCGUGUUGUGAGGUGGUUGUUGUUUGCAUGCAUAUAUGCAGUGAAAAUAAGACCAAACUAAGCUGCAGUGGAAGCAAUUUUUUUCAGUUCAUCUGUCUUCCUUCCUCACUUGUGUCUUAAACAUAAUCAUAGAUUCUCAUUGUGCCAAUUAUGAGUUUGUCUGCCCAAAUAUUAAUUUUAUUAAUGGAAUUUGUUUCAUCUUAAAGAAAAUCAGUUUUUAAAAGGUGCACUCUUUGCAAAUUGUAAUAGUAAUUUUUUUAAGUUAUUGCAGAAGCACGGUAACAUGGUGCUAAAACCACAAUUUUACACCAGCCAAAACUGUAAUAUUUUGUGUUUCAUAUGUUUUGCAUUCUGAGUGCACAGGUAACAGUGUUUGCACUGCACUGUUGUGAAGCAUUCCUGUUUUCAUUGUAUCACUCCAGGCCAAGGCAUUCAAACUUUGGAAAUUACAAAACCACCUUAAACUUAAAAGCAAUAAAUAGUGCAAUAUUUCCCAAAACAGUGUUUGAAGACUGUGUAAACGAGUUAUUUUUUUGUUUUGUUUUUGUAUCUUUCUGUUAUGUUAUUUUUUGCACAAGUAUAGUGACACAAACAUUUUUAAACUCUCACUUUGUAACCGUUGGUACAUGUUGCAAUCUAAAUAAAACCCGUCUGUUCCAUA